AUGCCAACCUUCUGGCUAUCGUCUAUAUCUCUUGCCACUUUAGCUCGCUUAACUGUUAAUUCACACACGCUCUCGUUGGCGCCAGCGUCUGUCCGCGAGACAAAACGACCGCGGGCGAAGGCCUCUGUCGCGUUCGUUAUUCACCAACGGGCUAGCCGUGCUCGUGCACGACGUCGGCGUUUGCCUACCCAGCUCGCCUGCCGAGCAACGCUUGUCCGUAGUACUACCGGUCCACGGCCGCAGCAACUGUCAGCGCGCUCCGUACUGGCGUCGGCGGAGUCACGCGACUCCAUACACAAACCGCACCUGCCGUCUACGGGCUUGCUAUCCGGAUUAUCUGCGGCGUGUCCUCUCGUGCGACGAGGCGAAGACUGGAGGACGACGUAUCAUAAGGUCGCGGAUACCCCUCGAGCCCGGAUAAGGCGCGUUCGUGCAUACGUGAACGAGGUUCAACAAGGCGCGACGCUCCAGCGAGUGGCGUCCAGUACUCUUCGAAGGUUACGCGGCGGCCUCUCGUACACCUAUGCUAUGGCCAGGCUCAGACUCCGCGACGACAAGCUCGUCGGCCUUGACGCGGUCCAGCCCGCCCCCCGAGCUUUAGACGUUCGCGCUACCGCUCGCCACAACUCAACCCACGGUCCUCGUGCCGACCGCCAGUCUGCGUCCUUCGCGGGCAUCCUUGUCAGCGGACUUGCUAUCUCGGCGAGCUGCGCCGUGUUUCGCACGAGCUCAACAGCAGCGACCAAGACUGCGCCGGCCUGGACCUACUCCUCAUGCCGUGGGCACUCGGGUGCGACGAGGACGCCGUCGCGAUCUGCGCACGAGGUCAUAUCGCGGGUCGUGCUUGCUGCCGCACCUGUCGCACGAACUCGGAGCGUGCGGUCAAGAGAAGACCGCCCACAUCACCUCCGUGUGCUCCACCGCAGUCAACAUCGUCGCCAACGGGCGCAUCCCUCGGGCCAACACCGUGCAUAUCGAGCGAACGGAUAUAAGACUCUCCGCGCCUACUGGGCAGACUUUGUAACGAUGUCACGGCGACGAACAUGGUGCAGUGGUCGGCGCUGA